AUUUAGAAAGAGAUGAAACAAACCAUGACGAAGAUGUGUCGUGUCACAUUUAUAUUUCUUAUUUUCUCAAAGACGCGAGAAGCAUUUCCUGUUGCGUAAAGGGGGAAGAUUUCCUUGUUCUAUCGUAUACAACGAAAGACUUCAGCGUUCAAGAUUGAAAAGCGUUCGGAUGCAUAUUGCACGUGUUACGCGAUCAUAGAGACUGAAUAGAAGAGAUUCUAGUUGUUACGAGGAUACAUAGUAUACAAAGAGUCCGAUUGAUGAAGUAUAUUAUUUAAAAAAAUACUUUAUCAUGAAUAAGUUCUAAGAAGAUUCGUAAGAUUCUCACGGAGGAGACUACAUCAUCGAGCACACAUAUAAGAGGUAUACAUGUUAGAAAGAUACUUCGGAGAUGGUUGGAAUAGAUAACGCAUCAGUGAAAGUAAAAUUACCAAGGAUCUAUGGAAAUUUCGUGUGUACCUCUGAUAACUACAAUCUCUGAAUAUCACCCAAAAAUGGAAAAGGAAACGUUUAUUAACGUUGACGAUGAUUCGGCUAAUGAAGAAUGAAAGUACAAGUUAAAAAGUGAAAUGUGUUCACGCGUGAUGCAACACCUGGGGAACCAAGUCGUGGGAGCAAUUAAAAUAAUAAUACGUGGCUUGUAAGGUAGACAUUAAACAAAUCGCGUGAAUCCACAGGGAACCCCCUUUUUUUGUCUACCUCUCUUACGAUCAUUCUGUACCUAAAAGAGGAAAAAGAUUGAUACGAGUGACGAUAUAUGGAAACAAAAAAUUACAAUUAUGUUACUCUUUAAGAUCUUUACGUUACAGCGUAUAAGAUCUUAUACGAAGAUCAAUCUUAUAUAUAGAAACGAGAAGGAUUCGCUUCACUGGCUGGUUCAUCCUUGUGCCACAUUCUAAGGAUUCCGCGCACGAUAAAUGAUAUAGUACCGUAAUGACUGGCAAAAUCCGCACAAAUUACACUGGCUUUCGUUUGUCCUGACACAUUUUUCUUCCACCGACAUAUCGAAUUGUUCUUCCUGUGAGAAAAUCGACCGAACAAUUUAAGCAACUCGCGCACCAAUUCCCACGUCUAGAAAAGGAACUCAAUUCAGUUGAUCGAUGCCUACUAGAACGAACUAGUUUCGACAAAAAAUAUUGCACAACGAAAAUGAAAUGUAUUAUUUUGUAUUAUUUAUACACCGACACCGUAAGAAGUAUCAGAACGUGAUAUUUUCUACUGGAAUUAAAGACGGCCUAUUACGCAAAGUGCAUUAGCGCAAGACUCCCUAUCUGCUCCUGAAAGAGUACGAUAAAUUUCCAUUUCGACCCCUUCAAAGUUGGCACGUGCAUAGCGCACGUGUACUCUCCUGGCCGCUUAAAAUCCGCAUCUUCGAUAGACCGCACCAUUGACGAUUAAUAAGAGCGAAUCUGCACCGAUUUCGUUGUACAAUAUAUGUAUACAGGGUGUCUUGUAUUAGACUUGAUCCUUUAAAAGCUAAUAUCACAAGAAACUGUAAGAGAUAGAUAUACAAAUUGUGAUGUAAAAACUUGUGUCGAGUCGUUUUCUUUUUAUAAAAAUAAUUGCUAACAUUGUUAAAGUUCGUAGAUAUAUUUGAGAUGAUCAAAAGACAAACGGAACACCCUAUGUAUAUGGACCUAUUCAGGAUGCUGAUCUUUAGACGAAUGGUGAUUUCUAAUCUCUCGAUUGUGCAAGAAAUUCCUUAUUUUAUGGUACUACUAUAUUUACAUUAUUUUUCUUCUUCAAAUUCUCUCGUAUUACUCGAGCAAAACAGUGGCGAAUAAUAAUCGUGUAAAUUCGUAGCUGCUGACGUUAAUUAUGAAAAUUAUCCUUUGCUAGCCGUAGGAGGAAACCGUAAGAGCAGAACGUAAACGAAUGAAUCGUAUCAUUAGCUUUCCGAACGAUUCCAUCGUUUGCACCUUACUUAGCUGAAGUUAAUUGUCUGCUGCAUUGAAUUAUACUUUCUUCGCAAUUAGUUGGAAGAAGGUACAAUGAAUAAGCACGUAAUCCGUUCAUGGCAUUGUUAUCUUGAAGGCACACGGCUAAUUAAACACGCACGUCCCUCUUGACCCCACCUCUGAAGACUCACCUAUACAUCCGGUCCUUUGGUAACAAAAAAAAACUCUCACGGGAAUUGCACGUGCAGGUCGUAACCCUUUCAACUUUUCUCCUUGAAGGAACAGUAUCGAAGAUAAAUUUUCAAAACGUGUGAUACAUAUAUAGAUACAUAGAUCAAUGCAUAUAAUUAGUGAAUAAAUAUGAAAAUAAUGUUUAUAAUAAUAUUCUCUCGAUAGAUAUGUAAUGUUUUCGAGAAAACCCAUCUCAUUAUACUGACAGAUUCGUUAUAUAUUAUAUAAUUUAAUACGAAGAUCUAACAAACAUAAAUUCACUAUACAUCGAGGAGUUUUAUGUUUUGUCUAAAACUUCAAGAAGGAGACAUCGUGAGAGGGAAAGUUGUAUGUAUCCAUCUAUCUAUCUAAUAUCGUAUACAGCAUCUUUGUGUUGACUUACGAUUAAUAAAUCAAGAAAUGUAAUCGCAGCAUACAUAGAAAAUAUUAGUAUAGAAUGUCGAUCUAUAUGACAGAUAAAAAGAUCAAUGUCUCGUUGUUUGGAAUCAAUGAAGGAGAAAACGAGUAUCGAGUAGGAGGAUUCAUAUUCAAUGAAGCAUAUAAACGUUCUUCUACGUUUACUUCCUCAUUAAAAUAAUAAUAAUCGUUUAUAAAAUAAUUUUUUUCCUUAUCUCUAUAAAUUUAAUAUUUUUAAUCUAAUACGUUUUGUUUCCACGCUAGAAUUGCUUCAAGUAUAUACUCGCUAAGUUUAUGGACCAAGACGAAAGGACGAUCACCUUCUAGAAUAGAGAAAUCGAAUACACCGAGUUAACACUCCAUUACGAUUUUUAAUUAAGCACCCCUUGUUUCACGGUCGAGCACACGCUCACUCUCAAUCGUCAGAGCAUAGACCGUGGAAAGCUUUCGACUCCGCCGACUAUCUUAAAUAUCCGAGUAUUUUUUCUUUCUUUCUUUCUUUCUUUCUUUCUUUCUUCUUCUUCUUCUUCUUUUUUUUCUUUUUUAACGAUCUCUCUACAUUUGACAGGACAUUACGAAAUCUCUUCUGACGGUAUAAUAAUUCCAGUUUUAUUUUUUUCCUUUUCUAUUUCUCCUUUUAUUAACAAGAAGAGACCUUGCGAUUCGUGAUGAACGAGAUCACAACGAUAGUCUCGGUGAGCGCAGCCGAUGGCUCUACUUCAAGGCAAACUCUAUUUUCAGAAAGAUGGAUCUAGAAUGAGACGAUCGUUGAUGAUGAUGAUGAUGAUGAUGAUGACGAUGAUGAUGAUGAGGAAUAGAUCUUUAUUUGUACGUUGAUCUAAUAAUUGCAAAGGAUCAAGGACUAUAGUCGCGUAUACCUUCAUAGCCUUUGGUACUUUCAUUUUCUUUAGAAGAUGAAAUCAAAAUAGAUGGGUACGUGAUAAGUACAAAAACAAAAUGGAAGUAAAAAAUAAUGAAAUGCAAAUAACGAAUGUCACGAACAAAGGAAAAAAAAAGGUUGAACGAUCUCCGAUUAUAUUCUGAUUCAGGACGAACGAGACUCACGUUGGAUCGUGCUCCUGCUCGAAGACGGCAUGGUGUAUCUCGUCUCGUCUUUGCUGUACGCUCGGCUCUUGCUUUCACUUUCUCACAUGGUGGAAACGAGAAGAAACCCUCUUCAUCCGCUCUCCCUCCUCCUCCUCCAUCACCACCACCAUGUAACAACGAUCUCCUUUUAGAAUCGCUCUUCUCUCUUUCAUGAAUUUAUCGGUUCGUUUUGCCAACAGUGCUUCUUCGCUAGCUGGUACAGACUUGUGAACAUUCUUUAAUUUAAAUAACAUAUAUUAUUUAAAAGAAAAUGUUAUAUUCAUCGUCGAGUAAGCUGGUUUCCCAUGAAACAUUAUAUGUGAGAAGAUCGCUUCAAAUGAAAAUAAUAGAAAAUUUAUUCUCUCUAGGUUUAUUGAAUAAUGUAUUAUUCAAUCUCAUUAGAGUUUGAUUCUAUAUAAGUAAUAUAAUAUAAAACAUACGACAGAGUUAAAAUCUAUGGGCCGAUUAAAGGAAAACCGGAAAUGACAUAAAUCGUCUGAUCGAGGAUAUAUAUAAUAAGAAGAUUUAAAGAAUUUCUUCAUGCUUUCUCCAGCAACGUGACUGUAACGACUAAGAUCAUUAAAGCGCCAUAUAUGUGAUGUACCAGUCACGUAGGUCAGGAUCGUAAGAUCCCAAUUUAUUGUUCUUGUGUAAAAGAUUUCUUUACUUGUAUACACUCGAAUACAUUAUGCAAAGUAUGCGUUGUACCACGCCUCUAUAUUUAUCUCCGUAAAAUUGUCCUUUUCUCUUCGAGAAAAGAAAUCUUACUGCAGUAGUCCGAAUGGGACAGAGAAGGCCAAGAAAAAUCUUGCACUUUCACCGUAUCAAUGGAUGAUGCGCCAAGGAAAAAGACAGAGAAAGAUAUAGGAAAUACGAAUGACCACAUUCCACUUGUAUAUUAAACGAUGGUCCAAGACUGAGAGAUAUGUAUAGAUAUAUCUGGAAUCGAAAUUAAUUGACGGAAGUACGAUGUAUUUCGCAUACGUUUAGCACCUUUUUAGCAUCCGCUUGAGCAAGAAACUUUGUUGGGGACAUCAGAGCCAAGCAUCCGUUGCUUGGUUGAUGCUGAAAGCAAGAAGAAAAAAAGAAGAGAAAGAAAAAAGAAAGAAAAUGAAUACACGAAGAAGAAAGAAAUAAUAGCCAAUUUCUCUCUCAAUCAAUAUCUUAUUGAUGAAUAGAACAAUAUCUUGGACAAGAAGAAGAGCGUGGGUUCAACAAAGAGAGACGAGGAGAUCGACGUUGAUUUUAUACUUGACUAUCCCUAUUGGUAAAGAUUUCAUCGCGGAAAGACACUUUGGAAACCUUUGACCUUACUAGCUUUCUCCAAACUAUUCGAUUAGAGUUUCUUUGGUAUUUGUCACGGCCAAAUAAUUUUAACAUAACAUUUCACAACUCGAUUAAAUUUGCAAAUGUUUACAGAUAUAAAUAUGUCUUUAACAAAGAUAAUUUCUUCCCAGAAUGAAACAUUUUCAGUGAGGGAAAUCACGAAAAAUACUAGUCUGGCAACUAACGACUGCUAUUCGUGAUCAUCGAAGAGACCUUCCUUUCUCCAUAAAGGCGAUUCUCGUUUGCAAAUACCGCGACACGAAGACCUGGAGGAAUCUUCAUCGAAGUCCUUACACCCACACAUUUCUUCUAUGUUGUCUAUGUACGUGUACGUGUAAGUCAGAAGGCUUGUGGAUGCCUGUAAAUAGACGUGUACGCCUGUAACUGCAAAUAUCGUGCCAUCUACGAUAGGGGGACCCGCUUCAGAGACAACUUUCGCCCUCCAAGGCUGAGAAGAUUCCUCGAGUCGAGCUCAUCCCAAGCAUAAUAGACGUCUCGCGUGCGACGGUCAUUGAAAAAUAUAAUACUCUUACUCGUUAAUUAACCGUUAUGAGUAGCGUGUAACUAUGAUACAAUAUCUCUCUAAUGGUUAAUGGAUAACGGAAUGACAAAUAAAAAUAGAUUAAAUAGGUGACAAAUGUAUCAUCGAGUCUUGUAGAUGCAGAAGAGAACGCAUGUCGAGCAAGGAUGCGUAGCAGAUCGGAUUGCAAAAUUUCAAUUCUCAUGGCAUGACCUCGAUCUUCGCAAGACACUGAACGUAACCACAAAUCAAACUACACGAGUCUUAUUCCCCGAGGUCUUUCAGUUUUCGAGGCCUAAUACGAUGUUAAUUGCCAAGGACGUGUCUCUAUUACGAUGAGGAAUAGACUACUGAAUUACAAUGUGUCCGUAUCUCGUAUCCGAUGAGUCCAAAUGCAUCUUCCAAAUUAGAUCUUUCAAAGUGCAAGUUGUACCACUCGACUCUCUCGCUAUCCGAUGAAAGCCUCGACAUUCCUCGAUGAAAUCGAUAGCAUCCGCUUAAGGCCUGACAGAAAGAAAGAGAGAGAAAGAGAAAAAUAUAUUUUGCUACAGGGAAUACCAAUGCGCAUUUAAAAUGAGCGCGUUGAUCGCGCAGAUGAGCUCCCUGCUCUUACUAUUCCUAGUGGACGAGCUUCGUGAUGUGACGUAAUGCUACGUUACGUCUUCUUCUUCUUCCCCCCUAUAUACGUACAUACGCGUACAUUCUCUCUUGGACCUGAGGCCCCCUCCUAUUACCAUCCUCGGGCCCUGAUAUCCCAUCCUCUCAGAAAGUUGCGCACAUCUCCGUCACAGAACUCCCUUGGCAAGACCUCAGUCGUCUUUAAGAGUUCGUUCACGAAGGUGAUCCUCGACUGCGAAAAUCUUCACUUUAUACGAGUUCUACGAAGACGAUCAUGAAGUCUGUAGGACCAUGUCUUCUUAUACUUCCGGUGAUUAUAUUAUGGGGCACAACGUUGGCUCUUCAACGACCUCCACCGAGAUAUUCUCAGCAAUACAUGCCGGAAACUGCCUUUACAUGUCGUAACAAAAUAGUUGGUAGUUAUUAUGCUGAUCCUGAAACAGAUUGCCAAGUUUUUCACGUUUGCGUUUCUGUGGCUGGCAGUAUUCAAGAUUAUAAGUUCCUGUGUCCCAAUGAUACUGCUUUCGAUCAAGAGAGUCAAACGUGUGCAGAUUGGUACGACGUAGAUUGUGAAGCUGCGACUCUUUAUUACGCCAGCGAUAAUUUUGAUUUGUAUAGACUUGGUUCAGGAUUGGAGUCUCCGCAUUACGAUACGAUACGCAGCGAUGAUGAACCCCAAGAUAAUCUUCAAAGAAGUGAAAGCAAUGAUCCGGUACGAUCAUCGGCAAACACACUCAAUCGAGUUUCUUCUGCUAAUUAUAACAACAACAACAACAACAAUAACAACAAUAAUCGAGAAGUUUUAAAUAGUAACAGCAAAGUUAAUUUUUAUAAUCAUAGAACAAAUAAAGAUGAUAAUUAUGAUAACGAAAGAUCUUACAAAGACGAAACAGUGACUACAGAGAAAAAGAAAACGGGCGUCAGGAAAGUGAGUAGGAAACAACCCUACAACGGAAAUACCAACGAUUAUCCUGUAUCAAGCACGGCAAUACCAUCGACUUAUAAUAGUCAGAAUAAUUACAAUGGAAAUUUUUUCAAUAAUAACAACAACAACAACAACAACAACAACAAUAACAAUUACAAUCAACGACCGACUACAUCCGGUUCAUCUUCCACGAUUCGACCCCAAGAGAACUAUAACAGGAAUCAGAAUAUUCAAAAAUAUACCGUGACUGCGUCCUCGACUUAUCGACCCAACACGAAUUAUCAAGAUUCUUACAGCAGUUACCAACCACCAAGUUCUACCGCCAGGCCAACCGUUUACAAUACUUACAACACGAACAACAAUUACAAUCAGGAUAAUUCAGGAUCUUAUACACCUAGCACUACAUUAAGGACAACAAAUUACAAUGGUAAUGGCAACAGAAACGGAUAUCAACCUUACAAUGUUGGACAGUUCACACAGUCCAGCACUGUAUUACCUAGCACGAAUUAUCAAGCGAGUGAUUAUACAAAUUAUCAGAAAAAUUAUAACGUUCAACGCACUAACGGUAAUAAUGGAGGAUACCGUCAAUCAACAACUAUUGCCGCUACAAUUUAUGACAAUAAUUAUGGUAGUGCCAGCGAACAGUAUAGAAAUGGACAUAGUUCCACUACAUCAGAAAUAAGUCAGACCACCUCGAAACACUUCACAAAUUAUGCAGGAAGCAGUUACGCUCCAACUACCUAUAGUCCACCAACGAAGAAGUACGUCCACACGGACAACAGUCCGGCUCAAUCGGUGUCUCGAAGUAACGAUCGCUACAACAGUCAACAAUCAUCGGAUAACAAUCAAUAUUACGAUAAAAACGAGCAGACGAUCAAAUCUUCUACUCAACAUUAUGACAAUACAAAAACCUCAAAAAAGGGAACGCAGUACAACAAUUAUGAGAGCUCGAAUAGUGGAAAAUAUUAUAUUGAGACUAGUACAGAUAAUUAUGAUUUCGGAAGAGCUUCAGUAGGUAUAGGUUUCAGUCCUGCCAGUAUAAAUCAUUUGGCUGAGACACCCAGGUCUACGACACCAGUUCCUAGAAGACAAGCUAGUGCAACCACGUAUAAUCCGAACAGCUUCAGCAGUAAUACUCAAAAGCCAUCGUCAAUAAAUACAACUCCUCGAAGUAGCACAUAUGUCAGCGGAUCGGCUAGACCUUUCACAUCGACUACCAGAUUCGUUAGCAGUACAACUGCUCGACCAAAAUCAGGAAAAAAAAAUGAUUAUGAUUACGCGUAUUAUGAUAAUGCUGGAGGUCCCGAAUAUGAUGGUCUUGAACUUGAACAAGUCACUGGGAACAAGGAAUCGUCUAAACUAUCGAGAAAUUGAUCAAACUUUCUCGUAGCAGUUCUCUUCAAAAGUAUUUCGGAGUUGGUCGUUAGGAAGCGUUUUUAAUUGAAGAAUUUAAAUAACCAGUUUUUGAUGUGUCUUCCAUAUUAGAAAAGAGAUGAUUGAAAGGAAGACAAUAUUGAAAACUGAUUGGAAGUCGUAAAUCACAUUUAACAAUUUCGAUUCGAUAAUAUGAAUCUUUUAUUUACUAUUAUUAAUUAAUUAUUAUCGCUGAUAUUCCCAUGAUUGAUACGCUAUCGUUUAUCAUCUUUGUCAGUAUUACGAAAUAUUAGUAAGCAGGCGAUAACAUUUGAAAGUUAUUUUUAAUUAAAAAAAAAAUAUAUAAAUUGUUCACUAUUAUUGCACUCGGAUAUUUACAUGAUAAGAAACGUUUCUAUAUUUGUUUUAAAAUGUUUUAGAGAUUAAUAUAUUUUAUAUAUUUUUGUAAAUAUAUGAAUGUUUAUUCAGAGAAAUACGCAUAAAAUACUUGGAAUUCAUAGAAAAUACGAGUUCAUUCAUAACAGCCGAAGUAUGCGUAUAGAUCUUGUAUACUAAAAAUGCUUGUGUAACAAGUUUUUGAUUAAAAACUAUAUUAUUAAUCCUUUUUUAUUAUAAAGUUAUUAUUCUUCUUCUAUCACGCGCUCGAUUCGUUAAUUACGUGUUACUUUAUAAAAAAAAAAUGAUAUGUAUGCAUAGCCAUUUGUUUUUAACAAGUUUCAAACUUUCGCGCGCUAUUGAAGCGCGCCAUCUCUUUAAAAAAUUUCAAAUCUUCGGGCGUUAUGAAAACAUUUAUUUGAGCGCGCAAUUAAAACGUACGUUUUCGACGUGAACGAAACAAAACUGUGUUGUUUGUGUCAAUUGUCUUUGUUAAUUUAUUUCGAUUUCCCUGGAAACCAUAACAAUUUCGAAUUGUUUAUUCAGUCUAAAUGAAAUAUACACCUUGUAUAACCACGAAAAUCCAUGACGUACGAUACACUGAAGUCCAUUAAAUCGCACUUAAUCUUCUGAUAAUAUUCGAAU